GGCUUCCAUCGCUUGUUACCAGCUGAAAACUGGUUGCUAUCCUGCAGCCCCUCAGGGAAUUAUUCCACAAUCUCAUUAGAAGAUGGAUGGGUGGUGCCGGUGAUCACUGAGGGGGAAAAGGGAUUUAACACUUUGUCUUCAACAUGCACACUAGGUUUAUUUUCUCCUGUUGCUGCUCUUUUACAAUACCGCACAUUAUAAAGUAUGACAUAAUGUUCAGUGCAGCUUUGGCAUGUGACCCGCUCACAUUUACUCAUGCGUUUUACAAAUGUAAAAAAUCUCUGAUUGACACAUUAUGGCAGCAGUUCGCCUUGUUUGCACGUGGACAGUUGCCGUAGUUUUUGUUGACUUCGUUGCCAUGGUUACGACGUCAAACUCGUGAGGCGGUAGCUAAAAGUUAGCAUGACAUUUUCGUUUCGGUUUUUUUUUUCGUUUUAUAAAGUUUUUGUUUUAAGAAGAUACUGAGUCACGUUCACUGGUUACGAGUAUGUUUAUUCAAAUUCCAGACACAAAGAGAAAAAUGCCAAUGCAAAAAGACACUUGGACGCCCUGAACAAUGGUCUGUGUACAUUAAACAUCUCAGCAUCACUUCCACAAUGUCUUCCCCAGAGAAGGAGGUGGUUCCUGACCUGCAGCUAAGCUUUGUCUUUGGGAACAGACACAAACCACAAACCCCCCACAUUCUGCCUGAGGACGCUGAGCCGCAGGAGCUCCCUGAAUAUUAUUCAACAGAGACAUUGUGUCUGAGCAGAACUAAGCUGAAACAUGUUGCAGGAAGUAUUUUGAACAAUAGCACACUAAAGUAUUUAUAUCUUGAAGGCAACCAGGUAUCCAGUAUCCCAGAUUCAAUAUUCAUCAGCUUGCCCAACCUGCUGUGGCUGGACCUCAGAAAUAACCAAAUUGCAACGCUCCCUGCUGAAAUUGGCUUGCACAGAUCUCUGAGAACGUUACUUCUGGAAGGAAAUCCCAUCUCAGAACUUCCACCAGAGUUGGGAAAUGUGAUCACCCUCAAAGGCCUGAACCUGAGGAACUGCCCCAUCAGUUUCCCUCCACAAGACAUUGUGAACCAGGGGCUCCAGAGCAUCCUCCAGUACCUCAGGAGUGCUAUGGCUAAGCGGCCAAUUAGCGUGAGGAAGACCCCCCGAGAUAGGACGGCUGGCCACAAAAAUAGCUCCUUGCCCUGGUACCACUUCACUGGUGUGACUUCUGUUGCCUUGGAGACCGCGCGUGCCACUCAGCUGACUCUCCCCCCCCCCUUCCAGCUCAAGUUGCCAGUGGUGGAGAAGCUCCAGCUGUCAGAGCUGAUGGGGUCCAGUAUGGAGGAGCAGGAUGAGUCACUGGAUGAGGACGAGCUGCAGAGGUUCAGGGAACUCAAACACAAGAUGAUCCUGCUGGACAAAGCUGAGCUGGGCUCAAUAGCACAGGGUGAUAGAAACCAGAAGUCAUGCCUUCCUAUUACCCAAAGAAAAAAGGCAACUCCCAAGGCCGGCAUAGUUCCCAAGCUAACCCUGUUUGACACUCAGCACUGGAAGAAGCCAGAAGAAAGGAGACAGGUUGCAAUGAAAGAGCUGAAAGAGAAACAAGCUAUUCUCGAGCAGAGAAGAAAAAGCCAAGAGGCUCUUCGGAAGUGGCACACACAAGUUAAGAUCACACAGGAGAAGAAAAUGCCUGAGCACAAACAGAAGAAGCAUGAGAGACAAAGAAAACAAGAGGAAGCAGAAACAGAUUCUAAACCCGGUGUGGAGGACAGCAGUGAUACUCCUCAGGCGUCCAGAAUGUCCAUCACAGAGUGUGAGGAGGCCAGAUCAGCCCGUGAGCUGGAGCGGCAGAUCCGUGCUCGCGUUGAGAAGAUGCAGGAGAGACGCAGGAAUCCCGGGGGCACACCCACCGAGCAGAUGGCAGCAGCAGAGCAAGAUGUGGAAGAGAUGAGGAAGUUGCAGACUCGGCUUCUAGAGAGGAAGAGAAAUCGGGGAAGAGAUCUUGAAAAUUGUUUCACUAUCUUCACUGGAGACACCUGGCAGAGUUUCCUUGACAAGUGACAGUGAUGAUAAUGCCAUAAUGUCACUCCUGCUGUUUGAGUUUUAAAUUCAUACUCAAAAUUAAUUGUAAAGACCAAUCCCUUUAUGAAUGACCACUGUAAUGCUCAUAUUUUAAAAAUAAAGAUCACAAGAAUGUUACUAAGGAAA